GCCUGAACCAAUAUGGAUCUUAUUCCUUGCAUCUGAAGUAUAGCACCAACUCCUAAUUAGAUCUCACCUGAGCCCAAAGUCUCUCUGAAUCCAACUCUCCCUUGAUGAUGAGCUUUAUUUUUUGAGAUAAAUGAUAUAGCAUUAAACUCAAGGUGAUUGAGUGUGAUGCAGUAGUGAGGCGGAGGCCAGCCAAUGGAGCGCCUUUCUCCGCCCCCCCCAGCCCACAGAGCCUGCGCCACUCACACUGAAGACAACUGGACUGUUCUUGCUUUGUGGGGUUUUGAUGCACUCUGUUUGUGGACUGUAAUGUUUCUAUCUCUCAGGAGUUUGAUAUUGCACAGGAAGAGACAGCCCUAGUGGUGGGGGAGGGUCUUAUUGCUCCUUGACGAAGGGGAUGUGAACUGGGAGGGUACAUCUCAGUUCAGAUGAUAACUUGUAAACAUGUAAUGCAUGCUCAAAGGCAGUUUGUUCAUUUUAUUUUAGAAGUGUUUUUUGUUGCCAGUAUACAAAUGGUUUAUUAGUAAAAAUAACAUUCAGCUGUGGCUGUUGGUUUUAGAGACAUUUUUGAGGCCCACAGGUACUGGGCUCUUGUUGAAAAGCAGCUGCUUACUUAUGUUCAGGAAGGGAAGGUGUAGGUAGACUUUCAGAGCUAAGCAUUCUGGUUCUGUGUCCGUAUUAACUGCUUGGUUUCCUCUCCUCUUUCUUCCUCCCUGGUGUUUGUGUUGCAGAAUCCUGAUGGGAAGAUGAUGCAGAUUAAUUUGACCGGCUUUCUGAAUGGGAAGAAUGCUCGGGAGUUCAUGAAGGACCUCUGGCCGCUGUUGCUAAGUGCCCAGGAGAACAUUGCUGGUAUCCCAUCUGCCUUCCUGGAGCAGAAGAAAGAGGAGAUCAAACAGAGACAGAUUGAACAGGAAAAACUUGCCUCUCUGAAAAAAGUAGAUGAGGAUAAAAGAGAGAAAGAGAGCAAAGAAAGAGCUCAGUCAAAAAGCCCUAAAAGGAGGAAGUCACGUUCCCCUGUGAAACGUGACCGCAAGUCCAGUCCCUCUCGAUCUCCUCGCCGUAAACCAAGCCCAGCUGCCUCACCUUCUUCCAGUCCGCCCAAUCAUAAAGAAGAACCAAAGCAAGAACCGGACCAAUCCGAGAGCUCCAAACCAGAGCCGCUCAUUCAGGAGGCUUCCUCUACUAGUGAUCUUGUGGGUGACAUAAAGCCGGACUCUGUGUCUGAGGCUGUGAAAGAGUCAUCUCCAGAUAAAACGUCCAAGUCAGAAGACAGGCCCAAACCCAGAGACAGGGACAGAGAGAAGGAUGGACGUAGAGAUCGCCCACGUCACCGCUCCCGCUCUCGUUCACCUCGCUCUCGUAGACGACCUCGAUCCCGCUCUAGGUCAUUCUCUCCUCGUCGCAGAGCUAGUCCCAGGAGGCGAAUCUCUCCAAGACGUCGGAGUCCUCCUCGACGAAGACCACCCUCUAGACAUAGACGUAGCCGCUCACCUGUCCGCAGGCGGCGCUCUCGCUCCCGGUCAUCCUCUGGUAGUUCCUCCUCUCGAUCACCCCAUAAGAGAGCAGGGAAACGUGGGUCAGCUACACCGCCCAGAAAACUUCCACGUCGCUCUGACCCCUCCAGCCCUUCCAGAAGACGAGGUCGUAGUCCUUCAGGAUUAGACGCCAGCCCUUCAGCUGUGAAGCACAGGCCUGGUGGAAGAAACGACUCUCGCUCUCCUUCUCCUAAACCCAGGCGGUCUGAUGCAUCAGAGUCCGAGGAGGAGAAGGUGGGCAAAGGGUCAACAGCAGAUUCUGUCCAGCAGCGGCGUCAGUAUCGCAGACAGAAUCAGCAGUCUUCUUCAGACUCUGGUUCAUCCUCUUCCUCUGAAGAUGAAGGUCCACGGAGGCAGAAUAGGGGGGCAGGUGCCAGGAAUGGAGAAAUCAGAAGGCGACGGAGCCAUUCACCUGCAUCACCACGGAGAAGGCACAGAGAUGCAUCCCCAAGAAAGAGACGUUCUCCAUCACCUGCUGGCCGCAGACAUCGCUCACCUUCUCCUGUUCGUCGCCGCAGAUCACCCUCUCCUCUUCCAAGACGCAGAUCUCCAUCUCCACCUCACCGGCGUUUCACUCCCCCAAUUCAGCGCCGAUACAGCCCCUCUCCUCCCCCAGCUCAGAAGAGACGUUCAUCAGGGUCUCCUCCAAAGCGCAGAAGGUCUCCAUCCCCUGUGUCCAAGCGUAGGGGCUCUCCUUCCCCUGUUUCAAAACGCAGAGGGUCUCCAUCGCCCGUGUCCAAGCGCAGAGGGUCUCCUUCACCUGUGUCUAAACGCAGAGCGUCUCCCUCACCUGUUGCGAAGCGCAGAGCAUCUCCCUCACCCAUUGCUAAACGACGAGGGUCUCCUUCACCUGUGUCCAAACGAAGAGCAUCUCCCUCACCUGUUGCUAAACGCAGAGGAUCUCUCUCACCCGUAGCCAAGCGUAGAGGGUCACCCUCUCCUGUGGCCAAACGUCGUUCCUCUCGAUCCCCGAAACGGAGUCGUGGCAGCAGUCCAGGAAAAAGACGUACUCCGCCCUCUUCUGCCUCACCCCCACCCCGCCACCGUAGAAGUCCCCCUGCAGCCCAACGUGGCAGAGAUACUCGCUCUUCUCCCCCUUCCCACAGCACUCGAGUGUCUUCCAGUCCCCCGGCUCGAUACGGUGCCUCUGGUUCGUCCCCACAGAGACAAAGACGUCAGACAUCCCCGUCUCACAGCACCAGACCCAUUCGCAGGGUCUCCCGCACACCAGAGCCGCGCAAAUCUCAGAGAGGUUCUCAGAGCCCCCAGCCAGUAAGGAGACAGGUUUCACGUUCUCCAUCUGCUUCUCCACCUCCUGCUCCAGCGGCUCACAAGCGGUCGGCCUCUGUCUCGCCUUCUCGCUCUGCCAGCCGUUCUCCACCUCCACCUGCCAAAAAGAACAGCAGCGUCUCCCCGAGCCCAUCACCUAACAAGAACUCAGAUGCAGAAGGUAGUAAGAAGAAGAAAAAGAAGAAAGAAAAGAAACACAAGAAAGAGAAGAAACACAAGAAGCAUAAGAAACAGAAAAAGGAGAAGAGUGGAGAAGAGAAGAGUGGCAGCGCGGCAGGAGGACAUGGACAGGAAGCAGAGCCAGAUUCUGAUCAGAAAAAGGAAUCAGAGAGUGAAGUAGAAGACAGUUUGGAUGAUCUGGAGAAGCAACUACGUGAGAAAGCUCUCCGCUCAAUGAGGAAGGCCCAGAUGUCUCCAUCAUCUCAGUCCUGAGGAAAUAUCCACCACACCCCACAUUUCCCUCUUUCUCUUCCACUCUCUGCAUUUUAAAUGUUUGAUGUUGGUUCAGCUUUAGAAUGUACAAAUUGUUAAAAUUCACCCUAGACUUUUGUUUGUCUGGAUUUUUUUUUUUGGCAUGUUUAUAGCUGAGGAGUUUUAUGAUGUGGAUUCUCAGAUUCUCCCUUCCUUUCCAUCCUUAAAUACUGUCAACUUUAUCUGAAAAAAAAAAAAAAAAAAAAAUCCUUUUUUAGUCCCCGGCCCCCCUCAUAAUUCCUGUGUUGCUUUUAUGGUCAUGAUGAAACAUUGAAAAGCUUAUUUGCUGUUCUGAGUUAAUAAUGUACAAGUUAGCCUAUGGAUUCUCUCUUCACUUCAAGCAGGACUUUUUACAAGAGUUUUGUUUGCGUGGACGGCAGACCCAGCGUGUUUGUCCUCUUGUGUGCAUGAUACAUAAAUGAAAAAACCUAGAGAGCUGAUCCGGCAGGCUGCUCUCUGUUUGUCCUGAGCAUUGUGGCAGCGCUCAAGCUCUACUGUGCACUUGAGAACAAAUCAGUGAAGUCUGUUUUCAUCCUUUAUUUUUUGCUUUAUAUUUUUUUUGUAACCUAAGUUGUGUUUGAAAUUGUUGAACCCUGCAGUAAUUUCUGGCUUUGAAUAAAGUCACAUUAAAAUGAA